UUUCUGACCCAUUUCACCAGAAAACCGAUGGAGCAAACCGCUAUUUAUUUGAAAGAUCUUGAUAUGUCCAUUCUGGCUGCCAACAAACCAACACUUUCACGGGUAUGCUUGCAGAUAAAGCCAUACAUAACCGAGUUAUCCGUCUCAAAAAUAACAACCGACAAAAUUCAAGAAAUUGUGGAAAUAUGUGAUGACAAGCAGCUCGUGGAACUUUCCAAAAGGAUGAAAAUCGAAAACAUGAUUUACCAUAAUCUGGGAAGCAAAGUUUUGGAGGUCUUUGUCGGAAAAGGUGUGUUUGCAUUCCUUACGGAUUACAUGGAUGCAAAUCUGCAAAAGUGUUUUAAUGAUGGCCAUGCCACCUUUGUCGUGAGAAAAAUGAUCGAGAUGGGAUAUAAAACCGUUAUCACGCCGGAGAACAUUGAGUUUGAGAAAGAGUGCGUUUUGAACACGGUACUCGUGUAUUUGCGGUCCGGUGGUGCGCAUAGUGAGUGUGAAAGCGGAGUAGAGAAUCAGAAGGUGGGAAGGAGAAGCCAUAGUGAUACCGGCCACUCGUAUUCGUUAGCCAGAGACAUUCAAAAUGCCAAGAAGUCAAUAAUAAAGCACGUGCUUAAGACUCUUUUUACGUACGAAACACUAACAGAAAUGAAAUAUUCUUUCUUUUUGGAGCACUUUGUGAAAAUCAUGGGAGAAAAUGAAACUAAAAUCAUAUUUAAAAGAAUCAAAAACGAUCUGCAAUCGUUGGCAGCGAACAAAUACAGCAAUUACAUGGUACAAUCAUUCAUAGAGAAAUAUGAUAACACCGUAGAGCUGGUGCACAGCCUGGAUUUGACUACUCUGCAUGAAAAUGUCAUACAGAAGAUUUUAUUGAAAUUGCAGUCGCAAAGGAACGACAAAAUGGCUGAGCAGGUUAUCAAAAAAUACUACAGAGACCUAAAAAGCUUCCUGUUUAUCAAUGGUUGCGUGAAUUUAAGAUGCUUGCCAGUGACAAAAAGGCUAUUUAUCAUUAAGGAGCACAACAUGAAUAUUAAUGAUGUUUUUUCAGAGAAUUUUGGCAAAGAAUCGUUUAAAGGAGACAUCGAAAUUGUGAGGUAUUAUCUAAUGGGCAAUGAAGAGACAAAGAAGAAGAAUUUGUUCGUCAAAAAGAUGAUGAACGAGUGUUGGGGAAAGAAGGGCGAGGAAGUGCUCGUAUGGAUGAGCAGAUGUUGCGACUAUGAAACAAGAAAGAAAAUAUUGAAACAGCUUAGACAACGCAAAAAGAGAACCAUGAGUAAAAUAGAAUGAACACAUCCCAGACCUGAGAAAUGUAUGUUGGUAUUAAAAGCAGUGGUUUUUUAUUCAACUACCUAUUCUGAAACAUUUUGGUAAAAAAGUU